GAGAGGGGGGCACCCUCUAGUGAUGGAGACAGGAAAAUACACACUAGUUGCUAGCAAGGGGUAGAUAACUCUUGCCUCUGACGUCAGACAAACAUGGAGGCUUAUGUCCUUUCUCGACGUCCAGAGAUGUUUUGAUGUUUCAGGGAUCAAGACUGUUCCAAGUCCAUAACAAGUAAGCUGGGAUCUAUAAUAAUUCAUCCCAGAGGUUGGCUUCAAUUAUUGCCAUAUUUGAUGGCCUAUAAGACAGAUGAAAUUACAAGAUGCAUUUUCAGUUUUGUAAUUCUGUUGCUCAAUGAAGGAUGGAAUCUGACAGGUCAUCCCGUGGCAUAUAUGGUUUGGCUUCUGCUAACUCUGCCCUUGAUGGCAUCCCUUUUAGAAUUGGGACCACUUUUAAAGUGCCCAACAAGGUUUCUAUUCCUAAGGAACUCCUUCGCCGACGAAAUCGUAGUGCCCUUGCUGAUGAGUAUUUCUUUCACACUGAAGAAGGUGUUAUUCUCUGGGCAAAAGCUCAGCAACAGAUGAAGAAAAACAGAGAAGCUACCUUGAAAGAAUACCAUGCUCAGAAAAAGAAUGCUCAAAGUCGACUGAAGAAUCCUGUUCCCAUGCCUUUAGCAUCCGAAGGUGUGUACGUUAAUAUUCAUAUGGCCGACAAAAUUCUCACACCAACACCAAUCAAACCGAGUGUCAAUGCAUUUCACACAGAUAACCCAACCAGUAGCACAAAAUCACAGAUAGAUGUCACACAGUUUGAGCAGGAGGAUGACCCAUUUGAAAAUGUUGAGCGACAAGUAAUCAACGAAUUUGAAGAACUGAACCAAGUAUUUCAGAACUCUGCCGAGUCACUGGAGUCACCAGAAGGGAACUAUGAGAAUGUUGUUAUUAAUAAACCUCCAUUACCAUUACCAGAUAGCAUUGUUGCAGGAACUGAUAGUGCAUCACCCAAUCCUGUUCCUGCAUUACAACCAAUAACUGCCGAAGAACCUUUGGCAAACGAUGAAGGUUCUACUGUAGAAAUUACUAGAAACAAGUCUGAAACAGAUUUCCAAGAUGGGGAAAACACAGAAAGAAACAUUGUUUAUGGUAAUUUACCUUACCGUAAAAAAUCCACUUCCAGUUCCCAGAAAAAACGAGAGAGCAAUAAUUACGUAAUGGUCUCUUAUGCAAAUGGUCGUUUGGUGCAUGAUGCAACAAAAUUAACUACAAAACAAUUAUCAUUAGAUGAGGAAUCAAAACCUAAUUUUGUAUCUAAUUAUUUCAACCAGAAGUUCUCUGCCAGUCAGGAGAACACUGGGAGUAUUCUUGACCCUAAUCAACUGAAUGAAAGUAUUUACGAAAACCUUCCCAUUUCUAGCACGGACAAUUAUGAAAACUGUCUUUUACCACAGAGGUCGAGACAUUCUGUAGCGUUUGAUGUUGACACAACUGUUAACCCUCCAGCUAUCCCUCCCAGAACAGAUUUAACCAAAUUGCGUAGUACCCACAGUACACCAAAUAUCCAUCAAGCGUCAUCUGAUAGAGAUGCUGAGACUGUUUCCCCCUUCCAUUCCCCUUCUAAACCAGCUCCAAGAAAGCAAAUUAAGUCUCCAGCAUCUCCAGUACCGAGGAAACAGUCUUGGAGUCGGCACUCUCCACUACCACCAAUCCGAGCACGGUCCAAUGGCCAGGUGUCACAGGGCUCGGUAGACACAAGCUGUAGUGAUGACAGUCCCACAGAUUACACUCAGGCUACUGACCCAUUCUCUGCAUUGUCACAAGAAGCUCAGACGUUUGCCCAGCAAUAUCUUUCCAUGGGGUUCCCUCGGGCCAGAGUUGCGAGGGCUGUCCAAAAAUUAGGAUUACAAGAAAAAGAUGUGAUUGAUCAUCUGUGUAUGGUUGACAAACUGGGAGAAGGAGGAUAUGAUCCACACUUGGUUGAAGAUGCUUUACAUUUAUUUGAAAAUGAUAUCCAAAAAGCGGAAUGCUACUUGCACCUUCAUCAACAAUUUGUGGAACUUGGAUUUCAAAAACCAAAGAUCCAGCAUGCAUUAGUUACUUCCAAGCUCGACAGUGACAAAGCUUUGGACUUGUUAACCACCUAAAAGACAUUGUUUGUAGAGGAAGGGAUGGGGGAGGGAGUGGGCAGGGGAACAAAACAUAAUAAACACAAUUACAGAAAAAAAAAGAAAAAAAUGAAUACAUACAACACAGAGAAUCUAAAUCUACUGUGUAACUUGGUAAACAAAAUCAAAGAUUCCUGCAUCAUUCAAUUUUCCUUUUUUCUUCAGUUCUUCUGUUGGAUAUUAAAUUUAACACCUGAAAGUAAUGACCAACCUCAAA